GCAGUCCACGUGAUCAACUGCGCCCCCGACGCGGCCGCGGCGGAGCGGCGGCUCAGGGCGGCAAACGACCGCAAGUGGGCGGUCUUUGCGCUGUUUCUUGUGAAGAAGCCCGAGGCGCUGUUCCAGAUCACCCUGAUGGACCUCGGAACCUUGGAGCCGCUCAUAGAGCCGCCCAAUGAGGAUCUGUGGGAGUACGUGGUGCGGCAGACCAAGUUCACUCCCCAGCAGGGCGCCAUAACGGACUGCCUGGCGGAGAUGCUGUGCGCGCGCAGCGCGGCCAUCCAGUCAGAGCUGGAGUCUCUCACGCGGGACCAGCCUGACGCCCAUGACGUAGAAGCCGGGGAGCUGGUGCUGCAGCGGGCAGAGGGGCUCAAGGCCCUCCACGGGUGGAUGGCCGUGGCGGCAAGCCUGGCGUUCGGCCACGAGACCCUCACGCCGCUGCAGAUCGCCUCCAUGAUGGCCGCGGGGUUCCCCUACCAUCCGUCGCUGCUGGGCCUCUGGCGCUCGUGGAAGCGCAUGCAGCAGCAGGACGCCGAGCCAGCGGCCGGGUCUGGGGAUUCAAGCACGGCCCCCGGCGCAGGCGCGGGCGCCGGCGGCCCCAGGGCGGGCGGCUAG